GGAUUGAGCCGUGUACCCAGAACGGGCAAUGCCCACCGCCCCCUGGCCUCCCCUGCCCCUGCACGGGCGUCAGCGACUGCUCCGGGAGAACCGACAAGAAACUGCGCAACUGCAGCCGCCCGGCCUGCCCAGCAGGCGAGCUCCGUUGCACGCUGAGCGAUGACUGCAUUCCACUCACGUGGCGCUGCGACGGCCACCCAGACUGUCCCGACUCCAGCGAUGAGCUCGGCUGUGGAACCAACGAGACCCUCCUGAAAGGGGAUGCCACAACCACGGGGCCCCCUGUGACCCCGGAGAGUGUCACCUCUGUCGGGAAUGUCACGUCCUCCUCUGCUGGGGACCAGUCUGGAAGCUCAGGUGUCUAUGGGGUUAUUGCAGCUGCUGCGGUGCUCAGUGCAAGCCUGGUCGCCGCCACCCUCCUCCUUUUGUCCUGGCUCCGAGCCCAGGAGCGCCUCCGCCCGCUGGGGCUACUGGUGGCCAUGAAGGAGUCCCUGCUGCUGUCAGAACGGAACACCUCGCUGCCCUGAGGACAAGCACUUGCCAGCACCGUCACCCAGCCCUGGGCACAGCCGGGCAGGAGGAGAGCAGUGAUGCGGAUGGGUACACAGGCACAUCAGCCCUCAGAGACCUGAGUUCUUCUGGCCAUGUGGAACCUCGAACCCGAGCUCCUGCAGAAGUGGCCCUGGAGACUGAGGGUCCCUGGACACUCCCUAUGGAGACCCGGGGAGCCAGGAUGGGGAACAUGCUACAGCCAGAACUGAGGGGCUGGCCCCAGGCAGCUCCCAGGGGGUGGAAUGGCCCCGUGCUUGAGACACUCCUGCUGCCCUGUCUGAGGGUGGCGAUUAAAGUUGCUUCACAUCCUC